GCUUUAUCACAGCUGUGACGCACACUGGCGCACGUCGUUGUGCGUCGUUGCUUGAGGUUGCUUGACAGUUCAAAGAUGAUGACUUCCUCGCAGACCAAGUUGGAUUUAGGCGAGAAGGACACGGAGGACUCGGCGAUUUUGGAAGUAAGCACAGUCGCGGUCGGGGGUAUCGUCAAACAGGAAAGCCGCGAUGGAGAUUUCCUCUCCAAUUGUAGCAACUCCGUCGAUGGUUCAGUGAUUGCAUCUCCUUCCAUCGAUAGUUUCUCUACUCUACCGGAGCAAGAGAUAUCAGACUUUCAAAUAGAUUCUCGAGAUCUUCAAGUGAAAGUGGACAAUCCUCAGAAACAUCUGGAAACACUCGAGACUUACAUUACCUUUCGUAUAACAACAACGUCCACAAGAGCAGAAUUCGACGAGGGAGAGUACAUCGUUCGGAGACGUUACAAUGAUUUUAUUUGGCUGCGACAGAAAUUGGUGGAUUCGUACCCGACGCAUAUCAUACCACCAAUGCCUGGGAAACAUACGCUACUCGCACAGUUGGAUCGCUACUCUAAGGAAUUCAUUAUAGCACGGAUGAAGCUGUUACACGUAUUUCUUAACAGAGUCGUUAAUCAUCCCAUUCUAAGCUGCGACAAAAAUCUGCAGAUCUUUUUGACCGCUAAACCUGCGGAGUUUCUUAUACAUCGUAAAAAUCGUGCAAAUGUUCUUGUAAAAAUGACCGAUUCUUUACAAAACAUAGCGAGCACGUACACCAUGAAACAACAUCAAUACGAGCUCGAGCAAAUUCGAGAUUAUUGUACAGCCUUAAGCGAAAAAUUAGGAACUAUAGAUAAGAUAAAUCAUUGUAUACACAAGGAGAGACAAGACUAUUUGCUCGAGUUGCAUCAACUGCAUCCAAUAUUCACCUUGUGGGCAACUUCUGAGCCAGAACUGGCUCCUAUUCUGCUGGCGAUUGCAAAGGCGAUAGAAUGUAACGCAGUGGCUCACCAGAAGCUUUUAGAAAAUGUUCCGAACGAAGAGCGAGAAUACAUUUCGUACAUAGACGCGGUCAAGAGCGCGCUAUCUCGGCGUGACUCGAUGCAAAUCAAAUACGAAUUGAUCGUCGAAGAUUUGGCAAAGAAAAGACUGGAAAAGGAUCAAUUAAUGGGCGUUACAAGCGGUGCAACAUCAGUGCAAAAUUGGGGUGGAUCGAUUUGGAAAGCAGAGUCGCGCGAUGAGAAGCUGGAAAGACUUGGACAGACGAUACCACGAUUGGCUAAGCAGGCAGAGGUGUUACAGGAUCGCGUGGAAUGCGCUAACGAGAAUUUACGCAGCGAUUUACAGAGAUGGAACACGGAGAAACAAACGGAUUUGAAAAAUAUGUUGAUCUCGACGGCGGAUCGACAAAUACGGCAUUACCAGCAAUGCAUGAACGCAUGGGACGAGGUCCUCACCGAUUUGAAAUUGGAUGGAAUAGUGUCGGAUGUUAGCGUGGGACCACCCAUGAAGAUACCUGUUUGAAUUGGCACAACUCCCCCGUCUUGGGCUCACGUACACACAGUAAACACCUCGUGCAUUUACAAAGGUAAACACGUAAACGUAAAACGUUUGCCAUUGAUAACGGAAAUUUUAUUGCAUUUAAGAAACUGACCUUACCAGCUUCAACGUCACUGCUUCAGCAAUUAAAUAACUUUGUCUCUUAAGUCUUGAAUGUUCUUUGUCGAAAGUUACGAUCGGUACUUACAUAAAUUACAAGUUCGUUAGUUAGACGCACAUGUUGCACAUUCGUAUAACGUAUUCGCUUAGUUUUCAGAUAUAAAAAGUUCACGGUGAGAUGGCUUUAUAAUACAAUAAGAUUGCGAAAUGACAUGAGAAAUUAAAUUAAAGUAUUUAAUCCUACAAGUAUAACUAGGGCAAAUUUUGGCAUAGAAUCGAUCAAACUUUUUUCGCGUAUUUUCCUUUAGAUCGCCAGUUAAGUUUGGGGACCAAGUACUAAAUGAUUUUUACGAUUUCUCGUUUCUCUUACUUUCAAUCCACGUACAAUACAUUCAUUGACAAUCAGUUUUAGUUACCCAUAUCUGGUAGUUACCAAAGUUAUCUAUAUACCAUAGAUAGUUAACGUAGCGUAAUGCUAGAAUAUAAUUUACAAAUCAGAGCAAACGCUUGCAAUGUUCGUUGUAUCGUGUACCCUUAUCUAUAUCGUUAAGUUUUGGACAAUCCACGCAGCAGCACUUAACAAUCAACUUAACCAUAUUCUCAUGAAAACAAAAAGAAGCACAUUAUCUAUACAACGUAUUAUAUCGGCUGUUAUUCAUACUUGGGACUAAUGAGUCUUGAGAUGGUUAUUAUAUAUUGUAUAUACAUACACGCACACGAUAUAUAUAGUACUUAUGUGUGUGUGUGUAUAUGGGGUACGUUUCCAAUACAUCCAUUACAAUGUACACGUUAUCGUAAUAAUAAUGAAACUCUUAGAUUUGUAUCAAUAAAUAAAUUAUUGUUUGCAACA